AUGAAAAUAGAUAAGGUGAGAUUGAGGUUGAUAUUGGUGGUUACAGUGAUGAUGUUAAACUUGUCUUGUUGUUCAGCUUGGUUUGGUAAUAAACGCAAAAGUGGAAGAAACACAAUUCUACCAGGUGAAUCCAUGUCUUCAAGGACAAGUCUCAUGAACCAUGCUGCUGCUGGUUCCUCAAUUGUGUUCCCCAUUUAUGGCAAUGUUUAUCCUGUUGGAUUCUAUAAUGUUACUCUCAACAUAGGUCAACCACCAAGGCCUUAUUUUCUUGAUGUUGACACCGGUAGCGACCUCACAUGGCUCCAAUGUGAUGCCCCUUGUUCUCAGUGUUCUGAGACACCUCAUCCACUUUACAAACCUAGCAACGACUUUGUGGCGUGCAAGGAUCCGCUCUGCGCGUCCUUGCAGCCCAGCGAUGACUACACAUGUGAAGAUCCUAAUCAAUGCGACUAUGAAAUUAAGUAUGCUGAUCAAUACUCAACCCUUGGUGUGCUUCUCAAUGAUGUCUACCUUCUCAACUUCACCAACGGAGUCCAACUUAAAGUUCGGAUGGCCCUCGGAUGUGGAUAUGAUCAGAUUUUUUCACCUUCUUCUUACCAUCCCUUAGACGGGAUACUUGGACUUGGAAGGGGAAAGGCUAGCUUGGUUUCACAGCUGAAUAGUCAGGGUUUGGUGCGAAAUGUGAUCGGACAUUGCUUAAGCUCGCGAGGAGGAGGAUAUAUCUUCUUUGGAAAUGCUUAUGAUUCUUCUCAAAUGAGUUGGACUCCGAUUUCGUCUAUCCAUUCGGGAAAACACUACUCAGCCGGACCAGCUGAACUUGUUUUCGGAGGAAGGAAGACCGGUGUGGGAGAUCUGGAUAUUAUUUUCGAUACCGGAAGUUCAUAUACUUACUUCAACUCUCAGGCUUACCAUGCAUUGAUUUCUUUGGUGAAUAAGGAAUUACAUAGAAAGCCAUUAAAAAUAGCACCUGAUGACCAGACUUUACCAAUGUGUUGGCAUGGUAAAAAACCUUUCAGAAGCAUAAAUGAAGUGAAGAAAUACUUCAAGCCACUGGUACUUAGUUUCAGCAAUGGUGGAAAAGUUAAAUCUCAGUUUGAGAUCCCUCCUGAAGCUUAUUUAAUAAUAUCAAACAAGGGAAAUGUUUGUCUAGGAAUUCUAAACGGUCCUGAAGUAGGAUUGGGUGAAGUGAACCUAAUUGGAGACAUAUCCAUGCUAGACAAAGUGAUGGUUUUCGACAACGAAAAAGAGUUGAUUGGAUGGGGUCCUGCAGAUUGCAAUGGUGUUCCAAAAUCCAGAGAUGUCAGUUUAUGA